AAAUUUCAUUCAUCAUCCAAAAAAAGAAAGCACAGGUUGACGAAGUGAAAGAAGACAAAGAGCUUUGAAUUUACAAGAAACAAGAAAGAGGAAAAAGAAGAAGGAAGGAAGGAGCUAGGUCACAUAUACAGUGCUGGUUUCAACAUGAAGAAGCCUCAUCACAUCGCAGAACCGAACUUGGCAAACAAGAUUGCUGAUAAUAAAUGGGAGAUUUGGCCAAAGGGACUCAACAUUGUUUGGGGAGACGACCCUCGAUAUUGGAACCUUGAGAAGGAUCCGCAUGGGAACGCGACACUGAUACAAGUAUCAUGGCUAGACGUAUCAGGUUCGGUGGAAGUUCCCAAAGGCAAGUACCGAGUGACUUUCGAAGUGCAGCUGAAGCCGGACGCCUUCGGGUGGACCGGAAGUCCGGUUCUGGUGAUGGCCAAGGUGGGCAGGAAGGGCCAGUACCAGUACUCGGAGACCACUCUGAAUAACGACGCCAGCAAGAUUUCGGUUGAUGUGGAAGUGCGUGACACUAACGAAGAAAAAAAGAUCUACUUUGGACUCUAUGAAGUGUGGAGUGGUAAAUGGAAGGGAGGGCUUGUGAUCAAGAAGGUCAACGUGGGCCCGCCUAAUCCAUGAAAAUCGAAUCUCUUUUAAUUCCACAUACGUCUCUCUCUCUCUCUCUCGCUCGCUCGCUCGCUCGCGUGUGAUUCUGGCCAGGGAAUGCUAGCUGGAUGCUUUCUUUGUUUGCUCUAGCUGAGAUGAGAGACCUAGUAUGAUGGGGAGAGUAUCAGCAUGAGCAAUGUAAUAACGUGUCUGUUUUACAUGUAAUGAAUAAGCGUUUGCAAUUAUACUAUAUGAAUAUAUUUGCAACACGGUCUAUAUAUAUAUAUAUAUGUAUAA